CUUUAUUGUAGAACAAUCGAAUUUAAUUGCAUUACAAAUGGAUAUAAAUAAACCUGCCAAUAUUACUCGGAACGAGAUUGAUCAGUUUAUAGGCAUAACAAUAUACAUGUCUUUGAUAAAACUACCAUCAUCCAGACAUUAUUGGAACACAUUCAUUGGCCAAGAAUUUGUACGUAACGCAAUGACAUGUAACAGAUGGGAAAACAUCAAACGAUUUUUACACUUCAAUAAUAAUGAAAAUAUAAGAUCACCAGGUGAACUCGGGUUUGAUAAGCUCUUUAAGAUUCGACCAUUGUUAGACAAAAUUCGUGCUCGAUUGUUGCUUGUACCCAAAGAAGAACAUUUAGUGGUUGAUGAACAAAUAAUUCCCACAAAGUGCCGCCAUCAUCUCAAACAGUAUAAUCCAGCUAAACCCCACAAAUGGGGAUUCAAAAAUUUUGUCUUGAGCGGAGUUUCAGGUUUUAGUUACGAUUUUGAUAUAUUUGCCGGAGCUCAAAGCAAUACAUUCCCGGAAGGAGCACCAAAUAUAGGAGUAAGUGGAAAUGUUGUAACGAGACUAGCAGCUACAAUACCAAAAGGAGAAAACUAUCAACUAUUUUUUGAUAAUUGGUUUAACAGUCCGAAGCUUCAGGUGUAUCUAAUGAAAAAUGGUAUAUUACCUUUAGGCACAGUAAGAUUAAAUCGUGUAACAAAUUGUAAGAUGCCAACCGAAAAAGAAAUGAAAAAGUUAGGCCGUGGAAGUAUGGUUGAAAAAGUAGCAGAUAUUGAUGGAGUUGAACUUGGUCUGGUCACUUGGUUUGACAACAAAGUGGCCUUUAUAGAAUACAACUGAGGACAAAAAAGUGGUAUAAAAAGAUUUUUUUUCAUAUGAUUGAUAUGUGCGUUGUCAAUGCUUGGAUUUUGUGGCGUCGAAAGUCGAAGGAAUAUAUGCCGUUGUUUGACUUCAAGCUUGCAAUAGCUGAACAUCUUUGCAAAGUUGGUAAAUUGAAAAAACGAGGACGACCUAUACCCACACCCUCAAACUCGCCAUCGGCAAGUAGAGAAAAUAUACCUACCAGCAGUAAAAGAAGAAAGCGACAGGAUUUCCCCUUGAGUUCUGUGCGGACGG